AUGAGGGGUUGGGCACGCGGCGCCAGCGCAGCCUCACUCGUGAGGACUCGGAGCGAGUUCCCACCAGCGGUGAGCUGAAAGGUGUGUCGGGGAGAUGUCUGCCCCGAACCGCAACCGAACCCGCCGCCGUGUUCGUCCGCAGCCCAGCUACCGCCGCCACGUCGCGUGACGGGGCAACAGGGAGGCAAGAAUCACGGGGGAUGAGAGCACCAUGCCCGCCGCGACAACAUGCCUGCUGUUCGCCUCGCUGUGCGCGAGCUGUGCGGGGACAGGUCUGUGGGAGCGCGUGACGCUGGAGAACGGGCAGCCGCACGCGGGGGAGCUGGUCCAGCCCAAGCGGCUCCUCCAACAGGUCCACUCCGAUGAAGAGAUGCUGCACAGCCGCCUGGAUACCCGGGUCAAACACCCCCCUGAACAAGAAACGCAGCAGCCCGUCCAUCUGUCCCAGAGCAGCUUCCUGGUAGAGGCCUUCGGCGCUUCGUUCAUCCUUGACCUUGAACUCAACCACAAUCUUCUGUCUACAGACUAUGUGGAGCGGCACUUUGGAAAUGGACAGCAGUCCCAGAGUUUGGGAGGGGAGCACUGCUAUUACCACGGACGGGUGCGGGGGCUGCCGGGUUCCUGGGUGGCUUUAUCUACCUGUCUUGGCUUGGAGGGAAUGUUUUCCGAUGGGAAUUUCUCUUAUGGGAUUGAACCUGUUGGGAAUUCUCAGCAGGAAAAUCAUAUCGUCUAUCGGAUACCUGACAUUGACCUCUUCCAGCUUCCUUUUCCAGCAGGGUGCUCCGGGAACAGCACGGCGCCUGAAGGACAGUCAGAUGGUUACAGCAAAGUAGACAAGCUGAAGGAUGGAAGUGGAGCGACCAGCAGCGAGACAAAGGUUUUUCCAGGCCUGAGACGCUCAAAGAGACAAGUGAGGCGUGGACAACGCACCGUCCUGACGGAGACCAAAUACAUCGAGCUGAUGGUUGUAAACGAUUAUGAAAUGUUUGUUCGGCUAGAUCGGUCCACGGAGAAGACGAAGAAUUUUGCCAAAUCGGUGGUGAACAUGGCUGAUUUGAUCUACAAAGAGCAGCUUAACACCCGCAUCGUCCUGGUCGCCAUGGAAACCUGGUCGUCUGAGAACAAAGUUGCUGUUGUUGACGACGCCAUGCUCACGUUGCGAGACUUCAUGAAGUAUAGGAAGAAGAGCAUCGGAGACCGCUGCGAUGCCGUGCAUCUCUUCUCCGGGAAAACGUUUAAGAGCAACCGUGGCGAGGCGGCGUACAUCGGAGGCAUCUGCUCCCUGACACGGGGUGGAGGCGUCAAUGAGUAUGGCAGCAGGGGCCCCAUGGCAAUCACUCUGUGUCAGAGUCUGGGGCAGAACAUCGGCAUGCUAAGGAACAAGGAGCAAACAUCUGCAGGAAGCUGCAGGUGUCCAGACCCAUGGCUUGGCUGCAUCAUGGAAGAUACGGGCUACUACCUGCCGAGGAAGUUUUCCCGCUGCAGUAUUGAGCAGUACCUGCGUUUCCUCCAGCAGGGAGGAGGCAGCUGCCUCUUCAACAAGCCUACAAUGCUUUUGGACCCUCCAAAGUGUGGAAAUGGAUUUGUGGAGCUUGGAGAGGAAUGUGACUGCGGGUCACAUGAGGAAUGUGCUCUGAAAGGAGCCAACUGCUGUAAAAAGUGCACUCUUACCCACAAUGCCUUGUGUAGUAAUGGGCUCUGCUGCAGAGACUGCAAGUAUGAGCUGAGAGGCGUGACGUGCCGUGAAGCCGUCAACGACUGUGACAUUGCAGAGACCUGCACAGGAGACACCAGCCAGUGCCCUCACAAUGUCCACAAACUGGACGGAUACGCCUGUGCUGCAGGUCGGGGUCGCUGCUAUGAAGGGCGCUGUAAGACCAGAGACGACCAGUGCAGAACUCUGUGGGGCUUCGACUCGGCCGACAGAUUUUGCUACGAAAAGCUGAACUCUGAAGGCACAGAGAAAGGAAACUGCGGUCCAGACCCCCGUGGUCAGGGAUGGGUGCAGUGCAACAAGCAGGAUGUUCUGUGUGGCUUGUUGCUUUGCACGAAUCUGACGGCCCAGCCGAGGUUUGGAGAACUGCAGGGGAGGCUGACCAGUCUGACUGUCCACCAUCAGAACAGAUACAUGGACUGCAGGGGGGGUCACGCAGUCCUGGACGACGGUUCUGAUCUGGGUUACGUGGAGGACGGGACCCCAUGUGGACCCAGUAUGAUGUGUUUGGAGCGGCGCUGCCUCCCCAUCACCACCUUCAACCUCAGCACGUGCCCAGGUUCUUCCUCCUCCCACGUCUGCUCCCACCACGGCACUUGCAGCAAUGAGGUGAAGUGUAUUUGUGAUCCAGAUUACACUGGGACGGACUGUAGUGUGUUCCACCCAAUCCCCACCCCGACGCCGGAUGACCAGACCGAGAAGCACAAAGGUCCAAGCGGCACCAAUAUUAUUAUAGGCUCGGUUGCUGGUGCAAUUCUACUGGCAGCAAUCAUCCUUGGAGGAACAGGCUGGGGAUUUAAAAACAUCCGGAAAGGAAAGUAUGAGUCCACCUUUUAGUCCUAAUUCCAGCAGCUUCAUCAGCCUCACGUCACUGUGUAUCAUUUAAACAUAAGGCCAUCUGUUUUGUAAUCCAGCGUCUAAUAUCUGCUUUAUUUUAUUUCAUGUGUGUUUACACAGGAAGUAAAAUCUAAAGAAAAAUGUAUGAUAAUAAUUUAUGAUUUUCUGUUAUAUUAUCCAUUAAAAAGUUCAGAAUCUUAACAAGCAUUAUAAAAAAAAAAGAAAUGUAUUAGUUAAUUAUAGAUUUGUACUGUUUGCUCUAUCAGUAAGUUUGUGGUUAAUUGUGUUGAUUUUGUAAAGUUAUGGAGCUUAUUUUUGCAGUAUUUUGAGCAUUCAUGUGCUUUCUGUUAAUUUUUGGUUGGUAAACAUAAAAUACAUUUUACUUGUUUUAUCAUUGAUGUUUAGUUUCUGAUGUUUUUCCGUUUCUUAUUGUUUUGCUUUAUUUGUUUUAUCUGUUCAUUUAGAAAACAUUCAUACACAGACAAAAAUAAUAACUUCUGAUAUUUUCGUUCAAAGCUAAACUCUGUUCUAGCCUUUGUUGGAUUUCUCUUUGUUUUCUCUUAACUCAAUUGCACUUGUUUAAUGCCGUGUCGCACAGCCGCUACGUAUAUUUUGCACGUUUUCCACAUUUAUUUGUACUUCCUCCGUGGUUUUAACGUGGUUCUUUCAUGAUACAUCUGUGAAAAUUUCACGUAAAGGCCACAACUUUUCUCACUUUUUCUCACGCAUGACCAACUUUCCGUGCAAUAUGUGCAACACGUACAUAGUGGCUGUGUGACAUGGCCUUUAGUUCACCAUAUUCUUUUUUCUCAUCUGUUCCUCUUCUGUUUCUAGAUCUUCUGGAGUUUGACUUGUUCCUCUCUGCUGUCCUGCCCUUUUCACACUCCCUGCAGUCCACUUUAAGGAGACACAACAACAAUCGUCUUCCACAUUUGAGCCAUCAGACUUUUUCUCUGGUUUCCUCUUCUGACUUUCUUACCUGUUUAGUUCUGGGGGGAAAAUCCGGAGCCUUUUGGAAGCCCUGAAGACCCGUUGCCUCAUUUUGAUCUGCAGCAUUUUGACCUGGCAGGUUCUUAUUCUAUAGUUUAUCUAUUUUGUUUUUUUUCAGUUUGCAAUCUUCUACCGUUUAGACUGUUAAGCUUCAGCCCUUUAAGUGUUUCAGUGGAACACAAACGUAUUCUGUUUUUUUUAAUGUCUCCUAUAUCCAAAACCUCCUUACUACCAGAUUCAAACAAUUGUCCAGUCAAAAAUUUUUUUAAAUCCACCAAAAACAACAAUUUCCAGAGUCCCACCCUCCUCACAUUUUGUUUCAUUAAAAAGACCCAAUUGUCCUCUGUAGACACCAAAAUGAGUUAGUUAAGUAUCAUGCAGUGGUGGGGAGAUAUUCAGGUUUAGAAAUGUCCUCUACAGAAGAAACAUUUGACAUUGCUGGUAGUUUGACAGGUGCAGAUUAACUGGAUUUGCAGUGUGUAAAUAUCACUGAAGUGUCGGCCGUUGCUCUGUAAACCCUUACAUUCCACUGUAACAGCCAUACAUUAGCUUCUGGUGCUGCUGGGAAACAAAAGCACAAAUCUGGAGAUUCUUUCUCCACCAAAAUGUAUUUAUCAACACAGAAUCUCUCUUAAAAAUCUGCAAAUAUGCUGUUUGCCAAGUUAGAUCAAGAAAAAGAAUAAGAACUGUGAAAUAAAUAAAAUAAGGCCUCGGAUUAUUUAAUCUCCUUUGAGACAAUGUAUGUAAGUGUAAACACAGAGCAUUUAACUUCAAGGUAAGAAAUACAAAAAUGUUCAUUUCCAUCCAGAACUUCCAUUUUAGGGUCACUGGGUUGCUGGAGCCUAUCCUAGCUAAUGUUGGGUGAAGGCGGGGUUCACCCUGGACAUGCCACGGUCAUUUCCCUUUACAAAAAUACACAAUGAUCCAUGUGUGCAUCUUUAACUUAUCAUUCCAUGGAUUAUAUUCCAGUGAAAGUAUAAAACAACCUCUGACUAAUAAUAAUAAUAAUUAAUAUGGACCUAACACCUGAAGAUAAUUGCACAGCAAAUUACUGCAGCAUUAAUGUAUGAAACUUUUCUACACAUCUGUUUAAAUAACACAAACGGGAAACAAAAACACUGAAGGACAGAGCUGAAGGUCUCGUUGUGUUUGCUGCCUCUGUUUAUGAUGAAACAGCGACGUUUGCUAUUGGCUUUCAGCAAAAAAUACUCUGAAUAUUAAAACAUAUCUGAACACCAA